AUGCAGGUUAGCGUGAGAAACAGAUGGUGCUCAGGCCAUGCUGUCCGCCGCGAUGCAAGAUUUGAGCAAUUCAACACGCUUCUAGCCACCGAGACAACCAAAUCUACGCUUGCAAGCAGCCGUUUGAAGGCUACAAGUAGUGUCUACGCUGCUGCCUCGUCGCCUCCUCUGACGGUCCUCGGCAGCUCCGCCUCCUCCCCUUCCAUGACUACCAACGGUCCGAACCGUCUCGCUCCGCGUGCCCCUUCAACUCUCCACCACCCACCUCCUCAACCUGCCCCGGCUCGACUUUCCAUAACUGCUCUGGGAGCACCUCCCUGUCCACCGGAUCAGCACGAGCUACGCCACCACACCUGCUCGUAUCUUGGUUCAGGCCCUGUCGCAAUGCCUGCCGGGGGCUCCGCGCCGCCGUUGAUGAUCUGCAGGCCCAGCUGCCCAAGAGCCCCGUCAGCAUGCCCAUGCGGCUCUAGGAGCUGGGCGCGCGCGCGCCUGACCUGUUCACUCACACAUGGCGUGACCCCUGCAUCCGCCGGCUCAGCUUCGAUCCCCGGCUCUGGAGCCCCCGAUGCGGACGUGUUGCUCUGCCGGCCGGCGCCCGGCAUCGUGAAAUGGACGAGCCGUGACCCGACGUGGAGGGCUGCUUCGAUGAGGAGCGCGCCGGAUCAAUCCUGAACGGGACGGGGGUCAAGCCGCUUAUGGUGGCAUUUUGCAGCGGCGCUGCAGGGGAUGCCCCGGCGAGGCCGAACCGUUGGCGCGUCCCAGCUGAUUGCCGUCCGAAGAGCGACUUGUCGGGUGCGGGAAUGCCGGCGCCGGUGUUCGUGUGCCAAGUAACGGAGAGAGCCUACUGUGUAUACUUUGAGCAACGUGAUGUGGACCAGAGGCCACGUGAGAAGCUGAGCUAGGCAUUCUCAGGAAAGAUACAGCAGCUUCAUUGUGUUCAGGUCCAGUGUAAAGAAAUUAAACUCACAUACUUUAAGAUAAGCACGUACAAGGGCUACACGCAAAAUCGCAU